AAAGAGGAAACUUCACUCCAAAACCGUGUCAGUUCCCACACACUCAACCAACCAUUCUUAUUUCCUUUCCAUUGGCUUCAUUGGACUCAACCUUUUCUCUCUUUCUCUCUCAAUUUUGUUUUUCCCCAUUCAUUUUCAGGGGCUGUUUUUCUGCAAUUCACAGACAGCUUAGAUUACUUCAUCAUGGUCUCUUGAUCGCGCUUUGCAUUUGGGUGGGGAAGAGAAGAACUUGGGGAGCUUAAAAACCGGUUUUGUUUUUGCUUUGCAUUUGGGUGUGAUAGAGUUCCCUUCCCUUUUUUCCUUUGAAAAGCAUCUGCAACCAUGCGAGUGUGGACCCUUUUGCUGCUGCUGCUGCUACUACUACUUAGGAGUGAUGCUGUGCACUCCGAUUCUGAGUACUUGAUUGGUGUUGGAAGUUAUGACAUUACUGGUCCUGCAGCUGAUGUCAAUAUGAUGGGUUAUGCUAACGCGGAGCAAAUUGCAUCUGGGGUUCACUUCAGGCUGCGAGCUAGAGCUUUUAUUGUUGCUCAGCCUGAGGGUAACCGGGUAGUUUUUGUGAACCUCGAUGCUUGCAUGGCUUCUCAGCUUGUGGUCAUCAAAGUGAUUGAGAGGCUGAAAGCAAGAUAUGGUGACCUUUACACUGAAAAGAAUGUGGCUAUUAGUGGAAUUCACACUCAUGCUGGUCCUGGGGGUUAUCUCCAAUAUGUCGUGUACAUUGUGACAUCUCUUGGGUUUGUUCGGCAGUCAUUUGAUGUCAUUGUCGAUGGCAUUGUGAAUACUGUAGUCCAAGCCCAUGAAAAUCUACGGCCAGGAUCAAUAUUUGUCAAUAAGGGAGAGCUCUUAGAUGCUGGUGUAAAUCGCAGUCCCAGUGCUUAUCUCAACAACCCUGAGGCAGAGAGAAGCAAAUACAAGUAUAAUGUUGAUAAAGAAAUGACUUUGUUGAAGUUUGUUGAUGAUGAAUGGGGUCCUUCGGGAAGUUUCAAUUGGUUUGCCACUCAUGGUACUUCAAUGAGCCGAACAAACUCGUUAAUUAGUGGGGAUAAUAAGGGUGCAGCUGCACGAUUUAUGGAAGACUGGUUUGAGCGAAAAGGGUCUGUAAGAAUGGAUUCUGUUGGAUUAGAAAAUGAUGGAAUCCCUCGAAGAAUUUCAAACAUAAUUCCCAACGUUCAUGAUACAUUUUCUCUCUCUUAUUCGAGGGUUGUGCUAACCAAAACACAAGGUAUAACAAGACAUGCAAAGCCUCCAAACAAAGAGUAUGCAAAACCAAAAAUAAGCAGAACAGAGGACCAUAAAUUACUGGAGAUUGCAGCCUCAUUCCAAUCUCCUCCUGGUAAACCUGCAACCAAAAUUUCAAGUGUGGCUCGACGUGUGAGAGGUGUCCUUAGGCAGGUUGACAAGCCUAAAUUUGUAUCUGCAUUUUGUCAAUCAAACUGUGGAGAUGUUAGUCCAAAUGUGCUUGGAGCUUUUUGUAUAGACACUGGUCGACCUUGUGACUUCAAUCAUAGUACAUGUGGAGGAAAGAAUGAAUUGUGCUAUGGCCGAGGACCUGGUUAUCCAGAUGAAUUUGAAAGUACACGUAUUAUAGGAGAGAGACAGUUUAGAAAAGCUGUGGAGCUAUUCAAUGGAGCAUCUGAACAGAUUAAAGGGAAGGUUGAUUUCCGACAUGCUUUCAUAGAUUUGUCCCAGCUUGAGGUAAAUCUUUCUAGAGUUGGUGUUUCUGAGGUCGUAAAAACAUGCCCUGCUGCAAUGGGAUUCGCUUUUGCUGCUGGAACAACAGAUGGACCUGGAGCUUUUGACUUUAAGCAAGGUGAUGAUCAGGGAAAUCCUUUCUGGAAGCUGGUUCGCAACUUAAUUAAAACACCAGGCAAGGAGCAAAUAGACUGUCAACACCCAAAGCCCAUUUUGCUUGAUACUGGUGAAAUGAAGCUACCAUAUGAUUGGGCACCUUCAAUACUUCCAAUCCAGAUCCUCCGAGUUGGGCAGUUUGUUAUUCUUAGUGUACCUGGAGAAUUCACAACAAUGGCUGGGAGGCGACUUCGUGAUGCAGUCAGAACAGUGCUAAGUGGCAACAAAGGCUUCGGUAGCAACAUUCAUGUUGUUAUAGCGGGGUUGACCAAUACUUAUUCACAGUAUGUGACUACUUACGAAGAGUACGAGAUGCAGAGAUAUGAGGGUGCUUCCACGCUGUACGGUCCACACACACUGAGUGCUUACAUUCAGGAGUUUACGAAGCUUGCACGUGCUCUCAUCAGUGGUCAGCCAGUAGAACCAGGUCCUCAGCCCCCAGAUCUCUUAGAUAAGCAAAUAAGCCUCUUAACUCCGGUUGUGAUGGAUGCAACCCCUAUUGGUGUGAAGUUCGGGGAUUGUAGCUCUGAUGUUCCCAAAAACUCCACCUUUAAGCGAGGUGACAUGGUGUCUGUUACUUUCUGGUCUGCAUGCCCUCGUAAUGACCUUAUGACUGAAGGUACAUUUUCCCUGGUGGAAUUUCUCCAAGGAAAGACUACUUGGGUUUCUGCUUAUGACGAUGAUGAUUUUUGCUUGCGCUUCAAAUGGUCAAGGCCUUUCAAACUCAGUUCUCACAGUAAAGCCACCAUAGAAUGGAGAAUCCCGCAGGAUGCAACUCCUGGUGUAUACAGAAUCAAACAUUUUGGGGCUGCAAAAGGUUUAUUAGGGUCAAUUCGUCACUUUGCAGGUUCAUCUAGUGCAUUUGUAGUUGCAUAGAGAAGGGAGGGAUACUAUUUGAUGAUGAUACAUGUUCAAUGGUCUGUAUUCUAUUAGAGAACUGAAUUAUAACACACUACAUUAAAUCAAGGAUGAUUCCAUUGCUUACUGUUUGUUACGUA